AUGAAACGCUGCGAAGUUAUUGCAAGACUUAAUCAACCUAAGUCGACCGGAUGCCCAGUGAAGGAACUUCCGAUUGAUAUUUGUGGGAAGAGCGUGCAAGUCAACUGUGACGCCGUGGCGAAUUUCCGUACGAUUGACGGCUCUUGUAACAAUCUCAAAAACCCGGAAUGGGGCAAAGCAGGGUCCAUGCAAUCCAGAUCAGUGACCAAUGCUUAUGAUGAUGGACGUUCUACUCCACGUGUCCGUUCCACGUGCACGGGAAAGGAUUUACCGUCUGCUAGAGUCGUUAGCAACGCCAUCCACGCAGCGGGGGUUUCCAUGGAGCUGGAGCCGCAUUUUUCUUACAUGAUCAUGCAGAUGGGACAGUUUCUGUCACACGACUUUAUCCUUACAAAGACAUUUACAAUGGAUGACGAAUCGCCGCUUGAUUGUUGUGGUAACGAAACAUUAUGCUCAGAAUGUUUUCCAAUACAAGUUCCUGCUGGUGAUUCAAUGAACAUCUCGUGCUUGGCCAUGUCCAGAUCUAAAGCUGCAAUAGACUGCAAACGCAUACGUCAACAACUGAAUGGCCACUCCUCGUACCUCGAUAUGUCCCUGUCGUAUGGAAUGAACGAAGAAGCUGCAAAAGACUUGAGGACCUUCUCUGGAGGACUGCUGAAUACAACGAACGCUAACCUGCCAGCCGACGAGGGAGACAGCACGUGUCAUCUUGAAGGAGAGUUUGACCCUAUACUCAAUUACUGCCCCGAAUCUGGUGACCCAAGGGUGAACGAGAAUGUAGGACUUGCGUCCAUGCACACGAUAUUUCACCGUGCCCACAACAACUUUGCCAAUGGUCUUGCGAAGAUAAAUCCCGACUGGGACGAUGAGAUGCUGUAUCAGAAUGCAAGAAAGAUUUUGAUCGGGGUUUGGCAGAACAUUGUGUAUGGGGAAUACUUGCCGCUGAUAAUUGGUCAACCGGCUAUGAAGUACCACAAGAUCGAUGUAACGAAUAAUGGGUUUAAGGACACGUACAACGAGAAAACAGACGCGACAACUAUCAACGAAGGUGGAAUAGCUUUCCGGUUCGGUCACUCAACCGUGAGCCGUUUGAUAGUCCUUCAGGACGAGGACUACAGCCUAUCUAUGCCGCCCGAACCCUUGGAAGACCACUACUUCUUGACUAAAUUGUACCACAUUUUUAAUGGCCGCGGUCAUGAGGACGUGUUGAGGUGGACGGUGGAUUCGGCAUGUCCAAAAAUGGACAGAAUGUUGGAGCCUAGUGUUCAACAGAAGCUUUUCCAAGACAAGAGUGACAAAGCGUCGGAUAUAGCAGCUCUAAACAUUCAACGAGGUCGCGACCACGGUUUGCCGGGAUAUAACGCCUACCGUCGCCAAUGUGGCCUUACUCCAGCAAGGGAUUUCAGCACGGCGCGUGGCGGGCUAGUAGAUAUGGACAGUGACGUAGCUGCGCUACUGCAGAAAGUCUACAGCUGUCCGGACGACAUCGAUCUCUUCACGGCAAUAGUGACAGAGCGAAGAAGUAACGGGGCCAUCGUAGGGCCACUGGGCCAGUGUAUCAUCGCAGACAUGUUCAAGCGUUUCCGCGAUGGUGACAGGUUUUUCUUUGAGCGCAACGACCCUUUAAUUGGCUUUACUGAAGCUCAACUGAAUGCUAUUAAGAAGAUUAGCAUGUCGUCGUUGAUAUGUAUAACCACUCGGACGUCCACCAUGCAAGACAAUGCAUUUUUGUUCAACACGAGUAAAAAACCCUGCAGCGAAUUCCCAGUACUUGACUUUGGUCUUUGGAAGCAGACUUAAUGCAGUGCAGAGUCUCAACAUUCCUUUUUCCACGGUAAUCACUUUCGGAAGACGACCGGUUUCACCCUCGAGCUUGGGC